AUGCUCGGCUUGCAGAUGUGGCGUUCCUCUUUGUGCCCAAUACCAAGGGGCCUAUCUAUGGUUGUUCGACGUUCAAAAACACAAUCCAGAUACACCCCAAUCUCCGAAACCGAAACCAACGACUUGCUCGACGCACUCGAAGGACGCGAACCAGAGUCCGAAAGCAAUGUAGAGGCAGAAGGAGGUCCAUCUGGUCCACCCGUAGGUGAUCAAUAUCCCAAAGCUAGCCCACCACCAGCCAUAACUACCGCUACGAGCUACCAACGGCCGAGAUACCGUCUUCAUUGUCACUCGACGCGUAACAACACCAUUACCACCUUUACUAGACCCGAUGGUGGAACCAUUGCUUGGUUUUCUGGAGGUUCUUGUGGGUUCAAGAGGGGAACGCGGUCUAGUUAUGAGGCUGGGUAUCAGUGUUCGGUGCGCGUGUUUGAGAGAAUCAAGGACGUCAGGGCGGCAGUGGGGCCGAUGCAUUUGGACUUAUACUUCAAGGGGUUCGGGCAAGGAAGAGAGGCUUUGCAGAAAGCCCUAUUGACUUCUGAAGGAGAUGGCAUCCGUCAGAUGGUCAUCAACGUCACUGACAGAACGCCUAUAAAAAUCGGAGGAACACGGUCGAAGAAGGCCAGAAGACUUUGA